AGGCGGAUUCUGAUGGGAAACAGGCUAGGAUGGGAUUGUGGUGUUGAGGAGUGUGGUGUUGAGCAACGUUGUGCUGACGGAGCAUUAAAAGAUGGGCUCUGGCCAGGAACAGGCGUCGAUCGGAGGCUUGGCUGCUGCCACCCACGUGCCGUGGAUUGCCGCUUGCGGACAGGCCGGAGACGUUCGGGGCGCAUUAUUCCACAGGUGCACCGAGAGAUGUCCAUGGGUCCUCGGAUUCAGCAGACCAAGGAGUGCCCAUCGGGUGGCACGUACAAAGUACAGUAGACUAAUGUUAGGCUGUGUGUUCGCAGUGCGGCGGUGCCUCGGUGGCUUGUGCUCGGCCUUAUGCGUGGAAAGCCGGUCAUCGAAAUGCUGCGAAUGCCGGCCCCUCACCAAAGCGCCAACCGCCUGGCCCGUCUCUGCGCAUCCGCACCUAAUAGAUCCCCAGACUGCCGUGCCCUAUCCCCGUUUUCUUUCUUCUCUGCCUUUCCUUUCGCCGUCGUCGACAUUGCAUCCUAUCACUAUCCUCUUUUACACCGCCAAAAUGCAGCUCCGCUAGUUCCCGCGGUCUUCAGUCGAAGCCCUGGGGCUUCCAUUCCACCGCUUCGGCCCUGUAUACAUACCUCCGAGUUCGCCCGCUUCAUAGACUAUCACUAUACCACCCCAUAGAAUGGCACUCUC